AUGCUUUUCGUUACAUUCGGACUCGUCAAUACCGCAUUCAACAUCUUCACGGAUGUUUUCUUCGCCACAAUCCCCAUUCCAAUUAUCUGGACUCUACAGAUGCGACGCAAGGUUCGAAUUUAUCUGAUAGGUAUUCUUAGCCUGGGCUAUCUAGCCGUGGUCUUCGGUGUACUGAAUGCAAUUUACCAAAUUGCUUUCACUACAAUAACGGAUCGGUAUUUGAACGACUGGAUUCUAUUCUGGGCAACGCUACAAUUCACAACCGGUAUCAUAGCCGCUUGCAUUCCCUCUCUCAAACCUCUGGUUAGCAGUGUUCUCAAGCUAUCGGAGUAUUCCAACUCCCGAUCUCAAGGUCUCCACGGCAGUCACUAUCGAUCGCAACGUGCUGCGACUGGAACUAGAGGAAGCAGCCACACAAUGGGGGGAGGCGGAGGCAAUCAUAUGUGGUCUAUUCAUCGGGGUGACCAGUAUGCGCUCCAGGAGCUAGGGAGCCGGGGUUCUGGUGACGCCUCCAAUUCCGAUGAGGUUCGCCUGACUCAGAACGGAGACUAUAACGUCACAGCAGCAUACACCCAAAACUUCUCUGCCUCGGAUGAGACCCCUCCAGGCCAUCCCAGCUUGGACCUCGGGAACUUGAACUCGAUCUUCGAUCAGUACUACUGGUAUUACGAGUAG